UUUUCUUGUUCUUCCGUCCAAACAAACCAAAAAAGAUACACUUCCUUCCAAUCGAUCGGGUUGCUGUGUUAUCUCAUUACACAAGUCAUGAGGUACAUUUGCAGGACCUGUUCACGUAUGGCCGAUCCUGCGGCAGCGAAGAAUCUCUUCGAUCCAUCGAGUUCUUCCGUUUUGCGACAAAUAGAGACCAUAACCAACUUGCAGCUAAACGAGGACGACAAGUUGCCCAGGUUCAUGUGCCAGGACUGCCAGCACGACCUGCAGAUUGCCAUCGAUUUUCGCCGCGUUUGCAUCGAGGCCCAGGAGCUCCUUGAACUUCAGCUCAGGCAGGUGGAAAAGGAGGAGGAGGUGUUCGAGAGCCUGGCGGAGCAAUGGCUGGAUGACUGUCCAGAUGAGUUGUCCAACUUGUCGCCAGUGCUGAAUGAUCGCAUGGAUUUUAUCUUCGAUCCUGAGCCACAGGAUAAGAAUACGGAUGAGGUGGCUUCCAUAGAGACCACGACAACAACAGAGUACAGGAAUGCAUACCAGCCAGUGACCAGUCCGCAAUCUUCUCCAGAACUUUCCACAGAUAGCCAGUUGUCGAAUGAGCACUUUGACAUGGCCCUCUCUCCCGAAACGGAACCAGCUAGUGAAGCUAUCGAUAAUCCGGAUACUUCCUCCAGCCACACGUGCAGCAAGUGUGGCCUCGAAUUCGAAAACGUGGAUGAACUGAAGCUGCACAAAUACCAUCUGCACGACAUCCCGCCAGAUACCAAAUUCGUCUGUGACCACUGUGACGAGGGCUUCCGAUCAGCAGCCGCACUUACGCGGCACUGCAACAUGAUUAAUCUUCCAUUGACGCACUCCUGCACCAAGUGCAUGAGCCAGUUCCACAAUCACAUCCUGCUGGUGACGCACAAGGAGCGAUGUCUCAGGCCGGCGCCGUCCCAGCAUGUGUGCCACAUUUGUGGCAAGCAUCUGACCACGGCCUUCAAUCUGAAGAAUCACCUGGUUCGCCACGCGGGCACACGACGCCACAAAUGCGACCAGUGCAGCGCAUCCUUUUAUACAGCCGCCGAACUCUGUUCCCAUCAGAAAACCCACACAACCGAGCGUCCCUACAUCUGUCGCUACAACUGCGGCAAAACCUUUCGCUUUUGCAGCGCCCGCAGCAUGCAUGAAAGGGUUCACAUGGACGCCAGCAAGCGUAUCUACCAGUGCGAGUACUGCCCCAAGUCGUAUGUAACACCCAGCGAGUGCAGGACGCAUCAAAAGUAUCACAACUUGACCCGCGAUCACGGUUGCGAAAUUUGCCACAUUAGCUUUAAGACAGCCAAGCACUACAGAUCCCAUCUGAAGUCCAAUGCCCACAAAACUCUGGAGGAGCGUGCUAAAGCUGCUGCAUACCCCAAUUCCCGUGGAAAAAAUCGUUCACCGAAUUGAAUUCAUUAUUGCCAGUUGCAUGUUAAUUAUAUAUACCGAAUUGAUAUUAAUAAAGCUUCCGUUCCGCAUUCAUGUUCAA